CCAGCAGGAUCUAACAUGACCUCUGCUGCGUCCACAGAGUUCAAGAUGUCUGAAGAGACCCCACCUGUGGGAGAGCCGUCCCAGUCCCAAACCCAAACCCAGUCCACCCUGUCCCCGUCUCAGGCCAGGUCCCAGUCCCAGCCCGGUUCCAGUUCGUCCAGCGGGCCGACCUCAGCCAGUCAGUCUUCCAGCGGUUCUGGGACUUUGAGCAGCCUGGAGACCAUCCCUGUGACCCUUUCAUCGGUCCCAGAGGAACCAGAACCACAACCCUGGGGCCGACUGCUGCCCAUGGCCCCUGGCUUCAGGAGCCACGGAGGGUUCUGAGGUCUUCGUGAAGGACUACAGUAAUAACGGGACAUUUGUGGACGGCGUUCGGGUCGGGCUGAACAAGAUGCUUCCUCUGACCAACAACGCCGUCCUCUCUCUGUCUGAGCCACGGAACAAAGGAUGGAGGGCGGGGAACUCUUCCAGAGAAUCAAAUCUCAGCAGCAGCUGAAGGAAAACGUGGCCAAGCUUUACUUCUAUCAGAUGCUCUGCGCCGUCCAGUAUCUCCACAGCAACGGGAUCAUCCAUCGGGACCUGAAGCCGGAGAACAUCCUGCUGGCGUCCAACGAAGACAUUUGUCUCAUAAAGGUGACAGACUUCAACCAGUCCAGGAUCCUGGAGGAGGCGGCCCUCAUGAGGACUCUGUGUGGGACCCCGUCCUACCUGGCUCCUGAGGUCUUCACCAACGCCUCCACCACGGGCUACGGGCUCGCCGCCGACGCCUGGAGCCUGGGGGUCCUGCUGUUCGUGUGUCUGAGCGGCUACGCCCCAUUCCACGAGAGCUUCAGCAAGCACUCGGUGACGGAGCAGAUCAUCAGGGGCGAGUUCACCAUGGUUCCUGCCAAGUGGACACAGGUCUCCAACCAAGCUAAAGAUGUGGUGAGGAAGCUGCUGGUGGUCGACCCAACGAAGAGGAUGACUAUUGAUGAAGCUCUGCAGCAUCCCUGGUUACAGGAUCAGGAGAUGUUGGCGACCGCUCGUCGACUCAUGUACCCGUCAGAAGGAGACGCUGCUCCUCCUGCUCCUGUUUCUCCUCCCACGCAGGGGGCGGAGUCAUCAAGAAAAGUUUCAAGAAGGAAACGAGGAAGAGAGGACAACAGCGAGGAUCAUCCAGUGAAGCGGCGCCAGGCUCCGCCCCCUGCUCCAGUGUAGAGGACCUGAAGCUGCUGUACAGUUUUUGUCUUCAUUUAUAUUUAUGUUGUUUUACUUUUUAAAGAUUUUCUUUGAUUCAUUAACUGUUUGUUUGUUUGGAUGGUCUGAUGUGGACCCGGCCCAUCGCUCUGGUUCUGUUCUUUAAAGCUCAGACCGGUUCAGUCUUUGCAGCUGUUAAAAACUCUAAGCUGAUUAAAAACUGUUUAAACUCUAAAUCAUUUUUUCUGCCUUUAAUGAAGCUCAUUAAACACUGAGAUUAAAGAGUUUUACAAGAA